AGUAUUCUCAUUGCUCUCAAGUUUAAAGCAUCUGCGCCUAAUAUUUAUUUAUUUACGUUGAGAUGUUGUUGAAGACUUCAUUGUUCCUUAUUACACUUUUGGGAGUCGUUAGCGGGAGGUCGCUUGUGACUACCAACUUGGAUCUUUUGCAGACACCUCCACUCAAUAACGAGCCGAUUAUCGGUGUUUUAUCUCAAGAGAUCUCUUAUUACCUUGAUGGAAAAUAUCCCGGACUGUACGAAAGCUACAUCGCCGCAUCGUACGUGAAGUUUGUCGAAGGUGGUGGAGCCCGAGUAGUUCCAAUUUGGAUCGGAAAACCACGCGAUUAUUAUGAAAGCAUCAUGUCGAAACUCAAUGGAGUGCUUUUGCCUGGGGGAGCAACGUGGUUUAAUCAGUCUAAUGGAUACGCUGAUGCUGGUCGACAUAUUUACGGUAUCGCGUUAGAAAUGAAUGAACGUGGAGAUUACUUCCCAGUUUGGGGAACAUGUCUCGGCUUUGAACUUCUCACGUAUCUUGCCGCCGAUGGAAACGAACAUCGAGCUCAUUGCUCGUCAAGUAAUCAAGCAUUGCCGCUUGUGUUCAAAGAUGAUUUCAAAACAAGUCGAAUGUUUAUGAAUGCUCCGGAAACGGUUGUAAAAAUCCUUGAGAACGAACCAGUUACAGCAAACUUUCAUCAAUAUUGCGUCACUGAGAAGAACUUAACAGACUAUAACCUCGAUAAGGAAUGGCGUGUUAUGUCGACGAAUAGUGAUUGGAAUGACUUUGAGUUCAUUUCGACUAUUGAGCAUCGUUUUUAUCCAUUUUAUGGCGUUCAGUUUCAUCCGGAAAAAAAUCUUUACGAGUGGGUUCGAAACAAGAAUAUUUCGCACACAAGUCAUGCGAUUUUUGUUUCUCAAUACUUUGCUGAGUUCUUCGUAAAUGAAGCGAGAAAGAGUUUACAUCACUUUGAAGAUUCAAAGACCGAAGACCAAUAUGUGAUAUAUAACUUCCCGCCCACAUUCACUGGAUCUAAAGGAUCUUCCUUUGAACAAUCUUACAUGUUUCCAGUUGAAAUUGCUUAUAAUGUUGAAUUGAAUGAAGAUAAUUCAGCUAUCAAUGGUAUUACUUCUCUUGUCGGUGAUUUUAUUGAGUUUUGAGUUGCUGUUUGCUCGACACUUCUAAUGACUUGGCAGAACAAAUAAAUGAGUUUCGACAAGCAAUUAAAUUUAAUCUUAUCGCAAUAGACAAAAAUACAAUUUUCGAGUCUACUGAUCGCUUUUUUAUCUUAUCUAAAAUAAAUUAUAAACCGUU